AUAUCUUCCAGAAGUUUCAGAACAGUAACAUAUGUCCGCUAAGUGUAGCAACAACUGAAACAAGUACAGCCUCUCAGGGCAACAGUCACUCAAUCUCUCUCAAUAGCUCAAAUACUCGGCUCUCAGCCCUCAGCCCUCCGAUAUGACCAUUGAAUUCUCCUCCGAUAAAGUGACCAUUGAAUUCUCCUCCGAUAAAUAACCUUUCUGUAGGCGGAAUACUAUGCACAAUCUCAUCCAACCCCUCCUAGAAGCGCCUCUUAACCUCCUCAUCCAAGCCCGCUUGUGGCAUAUACGCGCUAACGAUAUAUAGGGUGCACCCUCCAACCACUAACUUAAUAGACAUUAAUCUAUCAUUCACCUGCCUAAUCUCGAGGAAGUACGGAGAAUUUUUAAUAUAUUUUAUUUUUAUUGUUAUUCUGUAUAAUAUUAUUCUAAGAUGAAUUUAAGUAGGUGAACAUGGUCACUGGGGAUUUAUAUAGCCGAUCUCAACUUAUUUGGUACUGAAACUUAAUUGUUUGUUUAUUGUUGUUUUUUAAGCUUAUUGUGAGGCUUUAUAUGCUGAAAAAGUUGUUUAAUACUCCCUCCGUUUCAAUUUAUGUAAACCUAUUUGACUGGGCACGAAAUUUAAAAAAAAAAGAUAAGACUUUUGAAUUUGUAGUGUAAAAUAAGGUUCAUAGUUCCCAUUUAUUCCACUUCGUAAUUUUCUGGUCUAAGUAAGGAAAAGCACUUUGUUGAUGUUAAAUGGCUUUGUAACUUAACAUCUCCCGUGGCUCAAAAGAUCUACUAUAUAAUUAGCUUAUUUUGUAUUGCCUUGGGGAGUAAAUAUAUCAAUGAUCUGGUGUCCAGCCAUAUUUUUGUCAUUUUCUCCCCAACACCAAUGAUGCGUCCAACAAUAUUUUUGUCAAUUUCUACCUAACAUCAAUGAUUUGGUGCCUUUGUCCCUUUGACUCACCCGAAUUUUCAACAUCUUAUCUCAAGUAGUCGGUAGUAUAUUCAAGAGACUAUAUAUACUUUUUCUUUUUAGUAUGUUUUCAAAAUCACAUUUUUAUAUCAUGAAAUCAUUUAGUUCUAAAAUUACACCUCCAAAUAUGAAAAAGGAUACCAUGAUGCACAAGAUAUUUCGCGGUUACGCGCAGGGUCCAGGAAAGGGCAUGGCUCGAAUUUGUAAUUUAUAAGUCACACAAAAAUAACUUUUCUGUUGCUCCAAAGCUCCCCUUCUCACCCCUAAAUAUGAGUUCAGUUAAAAACCAUCACAAUUUAUCAAAUAUAUAAAAAAUGCUCACUCUUAGCAAACUUAAAGAAACAACUCGGAAGUAUAUUCAAGAGACUAUUUCAAAUUUAAUGCCCAACAUAUUUUUGUCAUUUUUCUACUUAACAUCAAUGAUCUGGUGCCCUUAUCCCCUUACCUCUUCACCCGAAUUUUCAACUUCUUUUCUUGUUGAAAAGGGGAGAAUUCAUACAUACACAACAACAGAGAGGAGAAACCAUUCCAUAUCUCAGAUUUUUCAUCAAUUAAAAAGGUUUUAUACAUCAGAUCUUGAGAACUUGAAGGGAAGGGAAAGGAAAAUUACAAUAAUGGAAAGAGGAAAAGAAAUUGAAGGAAAAAGCGAGAAAGGGAGAGCAAUCAAAUUAUCGAAAAGAGAAACUCUCUUCAACUACUGUGGAGGAAUCCUUGAAGCGGCCUUCUACAGAAAACUGCAACUAUGUUCUACAACUCAGAAGUCACCAUUAGUAUAUGACGUUGUUGCUGCAUCUCCAUCAAUGGCCCAAACGAAAUCAGGCAUGUCGAACCUUACCCACCCAAAAACUUAUGAGGGACUCAAGUGCACUACUGUUCCGGAAUAAUAGGAAAUAAUGGAAACAAAAUACAGCAAAAGGUGACUUCGGGAUCUGCGAACGUCGAGCAGGUAUACCUUACAAGUCUCCGGCCGUACAGACAUACCAACAAGAUCUAUAACAUAUCAACAAAGUCUAACUCCCGGUCAAACCUCUCAACCUUCCAAACCUUCAACUUUCCAAUAAUCGCUAAAAUAUGCCAAAACCUUCUACAAAAUAUACAAAUGCGAAUCCAGGCAUAUGCCCAAGUCCAAAAUCACCAUCCGAACCUAAUGGAACCAUAAAAACUCCGAUCCGGGUUAAACACGCAAAAGGCAAACUUGGUAACUCUUCUAACUUAAAGCUUCAACAAUAAAAUUCAUUCUUCCAAACUAAUUCACAUAAAUCACCCGAAACCGAAGAUACACACAAGUCGUAAUACGUCAUACGGAGCUACUCAUACCCUCAAACCACCGAGCGAAGUGCUAAUGCUCAAAACGACCGCUCGGGUCGUUACAUAUUUAUGGUUAAGACUUAUUUUCCAAAUUAAAAGUAUUAGGGAAAAUAGUAUAGAAACUAAUACUUUAAUUGAUAUAUUCAAUCAAAUAAAAAAAACUUCAUUCUAUUCCAACUAACAAUUCAUAUAACUGUUGCCUCAGUGAAAACGACUUUUUCAAAAUUAAAAUUAAUAAAAUUUUAUCUAAGAUCAACAAUGAAUAAAUGGAUUGGUUACCUUUUUGGAUAACCAAAGUGGAUUAGCUAUGGUAUCAAUUGGAAAGAUUUUUUAAGAAGAAAUCAAUUAUAAGAGAUAUUAAUCAUAAUUUUUAAAGGUUUAUAUUUAACGAAAAAAUUAAGGCCUUUUAUUGAAGUUUGGCUUUAGGCCCCCAACUUAAUUAACCCGCCCCUGGACUUUGUGAUGCAAUUCCCCUAGGUGAUAGCUCCUCAUGAUGUAUCAUAUUAUUUGAGGAAAAGUUGUUGCAUUUUUUAUGAGCUUCUUGUUUGUUGUUUCAUAGCUAACGGAGCAAAAGCAGCCGCCUAGCAUCAUCUGCACAUGUAGAGCUAGCUGCAAACAGUAACUACAGUUGCAUCUAUUCGCAAAUUCAUCCACCUGCACUUCUUUUUUU